UAAUUCUUCAGAGCAUCCCGCUCCAACAGCAAUAUACCCUGAAUGUCAGUGUGACCUCAGGGGUAGACGUUACUUACACGACUUUGAUCGUCUUUGCAGAGCAAGAACUCAAAAUGACCAACCUACCGAACUCAAUAAAUAUAACUGAAGGAAAACCAGGCGGUCUCAUCUUCACUGUCGCAGCGUGCUGCGCCUUUCCCAGAGUUGAAUUUGAACUUUCCAGAGGAAACGAGGAUAACAGAGUGACAUUUACAAGGACAAAUGGGCAAAUUAGACUGAUGGUGUAUUACGAUAGAGAGUUUCAGGCUAGGUAUGUGUAUUAUUUUAAAGCUAAAUCCGAUAGUGGACAGAUUGCAUCGGGCAAUCUUACAGUGGACGUCAUGGACCAGAAUGAUAACAAGCCCACAUUUUACGCUGAUGUUACUGAGAUAAAUGUUGAUGAAACAUUACCCACAGGGAGACCUGUUUAUAUAUUCACAGUCAGUGAUAAAGAUGAAGGCGUCAAUGCAGAAGUUACCUUCAGUAUUUCGUCAGGAAAUACUGAUAAUACCUUUACAAUUGACAACACCGGCCUCCUUUCCUUAGCCAAACCCCUGAACUAUGAUGCGCAAGACAUGUAUCAGUUGGAGGUUAAAGCAACGGACAAAGGAUCGCCGCAACUUGAAGGCACUACCGUGCUCAUCGUGAAUGUCAUUGAUAAGGCUAAGAACAAGCCGCAGUUUGUUCCUAUAGGUGGCGUCUACUCUGCAGUGUUAGUAGAAGAUGUUGCUCUGGGGUCUACAGUGUUUGCACUUAACGCAUCUGAAAACGGCACAGCGUCCAAGCUUCGUUUUGAUAUAGUGUCUGGCAACGACGACAGUUCAUUUCAACUUGAUCCAGACAGCGGGAUAAUCAUAGUUGUGAAGUUGCUCGAUCGUGAAACAAAGUCCUUUUACUCACUUAAUGUUAGUGUCACCAACCAAAAUGGCGAUUCAGUGUUUGGAAUUGUGAACAUAAACGUGACGGACGUCAAUGAUAAUAACCCGGUUAUCCAACCAAGCGUGAUUGUGGCUACAAUUCCCGACAAGACACCGUCCGGAUUUGUAGUCACUGUUUUAAAUGUGACCGACGCAGAUUUUGGCGCCAAUGGAACUGUAAACGUAACCAUCGAUGCAGUAACCCCAGCAAAUACUUUUAGAGUUAACGGUUUGAGUUUGGAGACGACUGUCGUCAUGGAUUACCCAGUGAUUAACAUGUAUAGAAUAAUUGUGAAAGUUUAUGACGGUGGAAAUCCGCCAAGAACAGCAAAAGUGACGAUUAUUGUUUAUGUUCUGAAUGGAGAAAUUCCUUUUUUCAAAGUUACUUCAGCAACUAUUUCAGUGCUCGAGGGUCGGAAUAGUGGGCAGGAAAUUUACGACCUAAACGCUACGGAUAAGGGCGCAGUAGAAAAUGGCAGUAUCGUAUACAGUUUGUCUAGUAACAGCAAUUAUUUUUUGGUCAGGCCAACUACCGGAGCAGUCAUUAUUAAAAUGGAUCUUGACUUUGAACAAAUGGAACAACACACGCUAGUGUUUACAGCAGCAAACCCCACACCAUCUAACCCACCAGUGACUUUCACAUUAACAGUAAUUGUAAUAAAUGUAAACGAACAUAACCCUGAAUAUGAUCAGUACUCGCGCACUUUCCAUGUGCUCGAGACUGCACCGCCAAACACGGUUGUUGGCCUUGUUUUGGCUUCUGACGCCGAUCACGGAUCUUUCGGUGAAGUUACUCAAACGAUGGCCGGGUGCUCUGUUUUCAAGAUGGACCCCAAAACAGGUGAAAUAAGAGUCAACGGUUUGCUAGAUUACCUGGUGAAGAGGUACUUCACAUGUACAGUCACUGCCACUGAUGGAGGAGCUCGAACAGGCAUCGCAUCUGUUGUUAUACUGGUAGACGACGCUAACAACCAUUAUCCUAUUUUUACAAGUGCUACCGUCGUGAACGUGCACGACUCAGUGCCAAUAGGCUCCAUAAUCUUCCACGUCAAUGCCUAUGAUCUAGACACGGGGCCGGCAGGAAAUCUCUCAUAUGAAUUAGUCAACCCCAUAAACCAGAAUACAUUUUUAUUGAAUCCAGCUACGGGAAUUAUAACAACUAGGGAACGUUUGAACGCACUGACCACGCCCAGUUUCACGCUAGUUAUCAAAGCUUAUGACGCCGGUAGCCCCAUUAGCCUUGAUAACACUACAUCUGUUCUGGUAAAUGUAAUAUCUACUUAUCCAAAUUACCAUGAUCCAGUGUUCCUCACGACGUGUAAAACUAGUAUCCUAAUUAUGAGAAAGGAUCCCAUAAACACAAUUGUCUUCCACUGUCAAGUUACAGACCUCGACAAUGGCCGCAGUGGUGAACUUAGCCAUUCAAUUACAUCCGGAAACGAGGAUGGAUUUUUCUCUAUUGAUUACGAUACAGGUACAAUAACCACAGCUGCAAAUCUACAGCCAGCGAAAGCGAGCUAUCCUUUGACGAUCCAGGUGAGAGACCACGGCACACCAUCACGUAACGCUACACUGAAUAUCACUGUUACUAUCAAUCCAGCCAUUGUCACGGGUCUGAAAAUUGAUUACAAUUUCACAAUUGCAGAAAAUGCAACAGUAGGAACAUUGGUUGGUGUAAUCACAGUGGACGACGGAAGAACCGUGUCCAAAUACAGCAUUACAGCUGGUAACUUUAAAAACGCUUUUGAUGUUCUCAUGGACGGUAAUAAUGGAAAGGUGGUUGUAAGUUCAACCCUAGAUCGUGAGGAAUAUUCUUUAUAUGCACUAGAAAUCUCAGCAAUCAGUGAUGCUGCAGACGUGAAUAUGUUUGCUGUAAUUUUAAUUACAGAUGUAAACGACAAUCCCCCGGUACCUGAGACCACAUAUCUCAAUUUAGCAGUGCCAGAAUACAGUCUAGUCGGUCAAAUAGUAGCCACGAUCUCGGUCACUGACGGUGACACCGAUGCAGUUAACAAAAACAAUACUAUAUCAAUACAAUCACCAGGAACACCGAUCUUCAGCAUUGACCAGGCGGGUCAUCUCUCCAUCGCAACUGUCCCAGAUUACGAAACCACACCUACUGUUUCCUUCAAUGUCAUAAUCUAUGAAGAGCAAUGGCCCUACACAACGGUUACUGUUGUGGUCAUGGGGAAUAUAAUCGACAUUGAAGAAACAGAAAAGCUAUCGACCUCAUACAAAACUGAUGAUUCGAUGAUUUCUCUAGAAGCGCCUUAUCCAGCCACUCUGAAUCAUGUUGUGUGCACGUUCGAGCCGCAAGAUUUUGGCAUCAUACCCUCAAACACCGCAUCCUUUCGUUAUAUCUCAUACAGAGCAAUGAGCCCAUUCAGUGUUCACGAAAACACCGGUGUUAUGACGGUGAUUGCCGCAUUGGAUCUACACGUAACGUACUACCGGUGGAUCAUGCUAGAAAUGACAGACGGGGGCGUCACCACAUACAAGACAGUUUUGUUGAGGAUUGACACUUUCAACAUUGCGACCGAGAUUGCAGUUAUUGAAUUCACAGACUCCUAUACUGACAGGAUGGACAAAGUGGAACAGUUUCGUUCACGAACUCAAGAAUUCUUCAAUGAGACCCAGAGAGUUGGCAUUUCUGUGGUCAUGGAUACCAGCACGCCAUCUCGAAGACGACGACUUCUGGCUCAAAAAUCUGCAGCAUAUACUUACGUGGUGAAAGACACUUCCGUUGAUGACAUGGCAAAUAUCAACAAAGCUAAACAAUUUCUGUCCGAAGGAGAGAUUCUCAAAGUUCUCCAAAGCAACCCCGAUGGUACUCCAGUUGCGGGACUGUCCGAUCCAUCAGUUGCAGACGUGUCCGUUGUUGAGCCUUAUGAGGAGACGAAGACUGGCAGUAACUUCGAUGCCUUUAUCCAAACUCCUGCAGGCAUUGCCGUCUUUGUGUUACUGGGGCUCUUGCUACUUGUGCUUCUAGUGCUGCUUCUGACGUGCCUUUUCUAUAGGAACUGCUGCAAUAGAAAAUCAAAGCCCAAGAAACCGAAAGAGAAAG